CCUCGAAUGAGAGAAAUACUCAUGCUCAAAAAGCUUGGUCAAAGCAGCGAUGACCUAGUAAUCCAAAAGGUCGGGUGCUCCAUCAGCAGGGAGCCCUUGUCCACAGAUGUGAAUAUGGAUGGAGAGAUAUCGAUAGGAGACAACAGAUUCGAGGCGGUGUCGGAUAACUUUCUGAAAACCUCCACCGAAGGACUUUGGAGGUUACAGGAGAUGCAAUUCACUACCAAGAAUGCCUAA